AUGAACAAAUCUUCAGAAUCUGAUAUGAAUCAACCUAAAAGCGAAAUUUUCAUCAGUUACUCUCGCUAGCAACUGAGAUCAAUGGAUUUUGAUCCAAGGACUCCUGAUAAGUAUAUAGAAAAAGCUCCUCCAGUCGAAGUCAAAAAUGAUGUUCCAACUCCAUAAAGCAAUAUGUUCAACCAAAAAUAAUAGAAUUCUAAUUAAUUAAUAGCAAACAAUGACUUUAAUUAAUAAAAGAAUGAUAAAACUCAACCAGUUGUAUUCAAAAUUGUACAGUCAAGCUCAACCCUGCCAAUUCCAAGUUUAAAAAAUUAUCAGGGCUAAUAAACAUAUCAAAUAAAUUAGGGAUAACAAAAAUACAAUACUCCCUUAUAGCAAGGCGCUUAGUUUUAGUUCAAUUAAUAUAAUUAAAAUAAAUAAAUAGGCCAAUACAACUAAUUCCCUAAUCAGCCUGCUUUUUAUUAGUAAAAAUGA